AUGACCCCAAUCAGAGAUGAGGAAGACUACCCAGAGAAUGUAGACGUACAAGAUAGUGAAUGUGUAAGCAAUGGGAUAGUAGACUAUUGCAAUUUAAACAAUAACGAAACUGAUGCACCUGAUCAUAUGCCAACGUCCCCAUUUUACGCACAAACCAUGAAGAAAUACGGAGACUUGCAUGAAAAUGUAUAUAAAAAUGUAGAGCGAAUGAGAGCAGUGAUAGAAUUGAUCGAAGGUCACUUCCAUGUAAAGUUUAGAAACUCUUGA